GCCCAGAAGCAAAAUGCGAAUCUCUUUCAUCAUCAUACUGUUGAUACUGCAAUCGCACAUGGUAGCCUUCUCACAUUCGAAGUCAAUCGUGGAAAACCUCCCUGGCUUUUCUGGCAAUCUUCCAUUUACGCUCGAAACAGGUUAUGUUGGAGUCGGAAAAGACGAAGAAGUGCAAUUGUUUUACUAUUUUGUGGAGUCUCAAAGAAAUCCACAGAAAGAUCCGUUGCUUCUUUAUCUCACCGGUGGCCCUGGAACUUCCGGCAUAGUUCCAUUCCUCUAUCAAAUCGGUCCACUUAAAUUCAAAUAUGCGAAUUCAAGGAGAACUAACGUAAAUUUGGAAGUGAACCCAUAUUCAUGGACAAAGACGGCUAACGUCAUAUUUAUAGAUCUACCCGUUGGCACUGGAUUUUCAUAUGCCAAGACAUGGGAAUCAUCAAGGAGUACCGAUUCUCUUGUAGUUACUCAUGCGUACGAUUUUACAAGAAAGUGGCUCAUAGACCAUCCUAUGUUUCUCAGUAAUCCAUUGUAUAUUACGGGGAUUUCUUAUAUGGGAAUAAUCAUUCCAAAUGUCGUUUCAAAAAUAUACAAUGGCAAUGAACGAAAGGUUAAACCAAAAUUGAACAUCAAGGGUUUCUUGAUUGUGAACCCGCUAACAGACAAGUUCAUAGAUUUUAAUUCAAGAAUUGAAUUUGCUUAUCGGGCUGCAUUAAUAGAAGAUGAAAUCUACGAGCCAGCAAAAGAAAAUUGUGAAGGUAAAUAUGUAUAUGUAGAUCCAAAUAACACAUUAUGUAUGAAUAGUCUUCGGCCCAUAAAUGAGUGUCUAGCUCGAAUUAACGUAAAUCACAUCUUAGAGCCACUUUGCGACACACAAGAUCCAAAAUCGAUUUGUCGAGAAUCCAUUUAUUUUUAUUCUAAUACUUGGGCAAACACAAAAGCCGUCCGACAAGCUCUCCACAUUCGUGAGGGUACAGUAGAUAAUUGGCAGUUCACUAACACAAGCAUUCGUGCUUUAUAUGGGAAAAACGACACCAUAAUUUACUCCUACAACAUCUUCAGCAGUUUGGCAUACCAUAAAAAGCUUAUUACCAAAAAUUGCCAUGCUUUGAUCAUCAAUGGUGAUCAUGACAUGACAUUUCCAUAUAUGGGCACGAAGCAGUGGAUCAAUAGUCUUAAUCUUACAACUGUAAACACAUGGAAGCCAUGGUUCGUUAGUAGUCAAGUCGCUGGGUAUCAGAAGACGUACUCAAAAGCCAAAUAUUCUUUGAGAUAUGCGACAAUUAAGGGUGCGGGUCAUUCGGUGGCAUUGUAUAAGCCUGAAGAAGCUUUGGUCAUUGUAGAGGCAUGGCUUGCUUCUCAUACUAACUCUACAAAAUCUUAACACCCAGUUCUUUUUAUUAGGAAAGGUUAUUUAUUUCACUCUAUAUGUACACUGUUUGACUUUUGAUGUAACAUAUUGGAAUAUGGAGUGUAAUGACAAUCUCAGGCUUCUGGAAU